AUGAGAGGGUCUUUUGGGCUAAGUGGAGCAUUGGCCCAAGUGGGAGGGCAACUAGGUUGUGCAUUUGUGGAUGUUAAUCAUGACGAAGAUGGCUUUGAGCAUGAUGGGGAUGGACAAUGGCCUUUCCACGCUUUUGUUGAGCAACUUAUUAUUGAUAUGUUCGAUCCUGUUUGGGAGAUACGACAUGGCAGCGUGAUGGCAUUGAGAGAGAUAUUAACUCAUCAAGGUGCUUCUGCUGGUGUAUUUAAACAUGACUCACGCAUGUCUGGGACCUUGUUUAUUGAAUUAGAAGACAAAAGUAUACCAAAUAUAUUGAAGAGAGAGAGGGACAUUGAUUUAAAUAUGCAAGUUUCAGCAGAUGAAUUUGUUUUAAACUUGAAGAGGCCCAAACUUGAAGAUGUAUCAUCAUCGACCUCUAUUGAUAGUGUGAUGACUUGCAGCAAUGAAGGUGAUAUUGAAAUCAGCAUUAGUUCUGAAACCCAUGGAUGCAAUUUAAAUUUGGAUUAUGGGAAUGGGCAAUAUAAUGGUAAUUCUGCUGACAAGUAUCUGGAAUCUUACUCCGAUGGCUUACAUGAUGCAUGCAAGGAGCCUGCUAAUAUAGCAGAGCAGAAGGGUCAUUCUGAUGACAAUAGUCCCUCUGGAAACCUUAAUGUGCUGCGAAAUCUUCCUCAGAAUUGUGAGCUGAUGAACUCGGUUAAAGUGGCUAGAAGUUCCUGGCUUCGAAACUGUUUAUUUCCUUCAAGACUGUGUGAUACGCUUUUUGUGUGUGCUGUCACUUGA